UGGUAAUUACAUUUAAUGAGGUCGUCAGCUGGGUGCACUUCUGCAAAUUGCUCCCAGCUUGUGGUCUGAAAGGACAGAGUAGGGGGCAAGCACUGCGGUAAAAGUCGGGGCCUGUAAAUGUUUAAGGGGCCAGGACCCUCAGUGACAGUCCUUGUCACUAGUGAGCAGUGAAACGUGUCGUACAUUUGUUUGCUUUUGUCCUCCCUGUUUGUUUGUCUGGCGGAGAUAAGCACACAGAAGGUGACGCUUGUCUCGGCUCUAUUGUCAGUCAUGUCGUACCCCCAGCUCCCAUCGGUCCCCGCUCAGUGACUGGUCAUUUUGCUACUAUUUUCCAGCCRCAGGGGGUAACUCAAGCAAUUUAGCUAAUCCAUUAAAAACUAAUUGUCUCCUCCUACCCUGUUGUUUGGGACAAACAGCUUGGUGGAGAGGAGGGGGACGUUGAGCCCUGUUGACCUAUAAAAGCCAGUGUGUCACUGGAUGCAUCCCAUCAGUCUGGAGUUUUUAAACUUUGACUGCGACGUCGUUCUUUUUGCUCAGAGCCACUGCCUUUUGAGUUCCCCCUCGCUUUAUUUGUGGUUUGGAGAUGUUCUGGAAGGGGAGCCUGGUUUGCCUGUUUUUGUGCUUCUCUUGGACCGAAGCUCGUAUUUGGGCCUGGAUGCUCAACAUGCCUCACAGCCCUCCCAAAGAAGGAGCUAAAGAAAUUAGAGAGAGCGCUCCUGACGCUAAAGCACUCCCGGCUGUGUGCGACCACGACAAAGCUUGUGGACGUGGUUUCUCCUGCGAUCGCCACUUUGGUCUUUGUGUGCCUUUACGCGGGGAGGGCCACUACUGCCGGAGGGAAGCGCAGUGCGUCCGUGGACUCAGCUGCAUGUUUGGAAAGUGUCAUCGCAGCAUCCCCAAUGGGCAAGAGGGCGCCAGGUGUAAAGCUGACAGAGAGUGUGAGGCUUCCAUGUGCUGCGCCCGGCAUCACGGUGAGCAAGUGUGCAAAAGGAGACUGGUUGGGGGCGAGAGCUGCUACGUUCCCGACGGCGGCCUGGCUUUCAGCAUCAACCAGAUUUGCCCGUGCGAAGAAGGCCUGGUGUGUCGUGAAAACGGUCGGCUGCACCGGAGAGAGAGGGAUUUUAUUUAUCAUCCAGAAAGAACGAGUUGGACCUGCCAAGCCCCCAAACCUUAAAGCCCGGUCGUCCGUGUUGGAGUUAUUUAUUUUGUAAAUAUGUUUUAUAUGACAAAAUUCAUGUAGCAUCAUAUAUGUGGCUUUAUAAUUGCUACAGUUUUAUUUUGUAAAUUUAAACAAAGGCACUGCUCUGAAAUAUUUUGUCUGUUUCUCUCGGAUUUUAAGAAUAAAAACAAGAAAACUUUUCAAUGACUUUUCUACACAAAGUUAAUUAAAUUUAAUUAACAAGACAUAAUUAUGUUUCUGUUAAUUGCAGCAUAAUGUAAUAGUUGUAAAAUAAAUCAUGGUUUGCUCUCUGCA